AUGAGGGUGUCAGCGCCGGGGCCGGCGGCCGGCCGCGAACCCUCGACGCCCGGCGGGGCCGCCGCGGUGCCCGGCUCGGUGCAGCUGGCGCUGAGCGUGCUGCACGCGCUGCUCUACGCCGCGCUCUUCGCCUUUGCCUACCUGCAGCUGUGGCGGCUGCUCCUGUACCGCGAGCGGCGCCUCAGCCACCAGAGCCUCUGCCUCUUCCUGUGUCUCGCGUGGGCAGCGCUCAGGACCACGCUCUUCUCGGCCGCCUUCUCCCUCAGCGGCUCCCUGCCCCUGCUGCGGCCGCCCUCUCGCCUGCACUUCUUCCCGCACUGGCUGCUCUACUGCUUCCCCUCCUGCCUCCAGUUCUCCACGCUCUGUCUCCUCAACCUCUACCUGGCGGAGGUUAUAUGUAGAGUCAGAUGUGCCACUGAACUUGACAAACACAAAAUUCUACUGCAUCUGGGCUUUGUACUGGCAAGCCUUCUAUUCUUAGCAGUGAACUUGGCCUGUGCAAUGCUAGUCCAUGGAGAUAUCCCAGAAAAUCAGUUGAAAUGGACUGUGUUUAUUCGAGCACUAAUUAAUGAUAGCUUGUUUAUUCUCUGUGCCAUCUCUUUAGUUAAUUACAUAUGCAAAAUUACAAAAAUGUCAUCAGCAAAUGUCUACCUCGAAUCAAAGGGUAUGUCUCUGUGCCAGACUGUGGUCGUUGGCUCUGUAGUCAUCCUUCUCUACUCUUCCAGAGCUUGUUAUAACUUGGUAGUGAUCACCAUAUCACAGGAUACACUAGAGAGCCCAUUUAACUAUGGCUGGGAUAAUCUAUCACAUAAGGCUCGGGGAGAAGAUGGAAGUGGAGGAGACUACAUCGUCUUUGGAAUGGUCCUCUUUCUGUGGGAGCAUGUACCAGCUUGGUCAGUGGUACUAUUUUUCCGAGCACAGAGAUUAAACCAGAAUCUGGCACCCGCUGGCAUGAUAGGCAGCCACAGCUAUAGCUCCAGAGCCUUCCUUUUCGACAAUCCAAGACGGUAUGACAGUGAUGACGACCUGCCACGACUGGGGAGCUCACGAGAAGGAAGUUUAUCAAACUCACAAAGUUUGGGCUGGUACGGCACCAUGGCUGGGUGUGGCGGCGAUACGUACACAGUCACCCCUCCACUGAAUGGACCUGUGACAGACACUGCUCCUUUGCUCUUCACAUGCAGUAAUUUAGAUAUGAGGAAUCACCAUAGCUUAUAUAUAACUCCACAAAACUGAUGACUUUCCCAUGGCAGGAGUCUUGAACUGCUUCUAAUGAAUGUGUUUGUGUUGUCAACAUCUUAAAAACCAUCUGCAUCAACAUUGCAUCAUCUCUUGCAACUAACAGAAAUCUGGAAAUACAGCUGUGUUUUGUGGUUCUCCAUGAAACACAGCUGUUUGUUUUGACCUCCGCAUAGUGAAAUUCGAAGUUUGGAGGAGAGAGAUUAGAUGCUAAGGUACUUGACCUCAGAACCUCCUAACUUUGGAACAUCUAACGCACAUUUGCAUAUUUGCACUUUGACCUGUAUUCAGAAAGAAUACUUUGCAGUCCCCAAAGCCACACUAGAGUAUUGACACCAGAAUAUUAUUGUAUACAAAAUCAGAAAGCAGUUUUCCACAAAAAAUCAAAACCUAGAAAUUUGAUGGUGUGCUCUACAUAGAAUCUCAAUUACAGCUUUAGAAGUGUGAUCAGUGCACAGAGUUAAGGCUAAAAAAAAUGUAUCAUUCUUUUUAAAAAUCUAAAAACAUGUAACUGAAGACAGUUUUUUAAAGCAUCCUUUGAAAAAUGUCAGUUGAAAUUACUCCAUUAUUUUUAAAAAGGGAUAGUAGAAACCCUUAUGGUGCUGCUGGCUGGCAGUGUUCUUUGGAAAACCAGAGAAGUCUCUUCAAGAACAACAGUGAGCCAGUGGAGACUGUGUGGCUUGAGUAGGACUGGUCAGAUGGCUAUUUUGUGCAACUAAGGUAAGUAGCAGUUUAAGAUGAUUCUUCCCAGAAACAAUAGUGACCUCGUAGGGGGCUUCGGUAGAACAUCUUGGGAUUAAACAAGUUUACAGAUGUGUUUAGGGAGUGUUCAUUAAAAAAAAAAAAAAAAAGUGCUAAGUUAAAACAGCAUGUUUUCAAAAAGCACCCAAUUUAUCAGAAAGGAAAUGAAGCUCAUCCUACCUACUGAGUCAAGACUGUCCUCAGGUAAAUUAAAGUAAGACAUUUUGCAGUGAGCUGAAGUGCAAUACUUUAUAAGAUGUAAAUUCCACAUUUAUUUUUCACAUUUUAUACCUUGUAUAAAUUUGGCCUAAGCCAAAUUAAAUUAAUUCCAAGCAACUCAAGCAUUGGAUUAAUAAGCAAACAAGAGAAAUGUAAGAGGUUAACAACAUUGGAAUAUUUUAGGAUUUCAUUAAAACUGUCUUAAAUAUGCUACUAUAAGCCGUGUGCCUAUGCAUGCUCGUGUUCACGCGGGGACGGACACACACACAGUAGUAAGCCAAGACAACACAGAAUUUAAGAAUGCACUUUCUCCCUGUGUCUAUAUGAAAAGCAGAUGCUGAAUACCUCAGCUCCCGAGUGGACAGGCAGCUUACGAGGUAUACACACAGGUAAAGACCCUCACACAGGAUCUGCCAACUGCUUUGGAACUGGGAUGAACACAGCUGCCCUCUCCAUACUGUGACUAGAAAGUGUCUUAUUUGUACUCAUACCUAAAAGAUCUUUCAGCUUUUUAAUGAAUAAUGCAGCAACUUCACAAAAGUAUAUGUGAAUCUUUAAAAAUACAUUGUUAAUCUUUUUCAUCUUUUGAGAGGAUGGUACAACCAAAUACUUUUCUUUUUAUGAACAACUGAUUUUAAAUUCAGUCAAAAGCAUAUUGAAUAUUAACGGCAUUUGUUUAUAAGUUCUUAUUGUAACAGAUCAUUUGAACUUUUAUAGUACAGAAGCUAGCCUCGGUACUAAGAUGACAACCUAUCAAUAGUCUACAACCGUGGAUUUCUUUUAAGUUAUCGAUUUUUCAGAAUGCCAGUUGGUUAUUUUUAUGUUAGGUAUCUGACUCUAUUGUCUUUGUUAAUCUCUGGGUUCAAGAUAUUUUUUUCCUAGUUAAGCCUCUCUACACAAAUCUCCUGGUUCACAAAGUAAGCCAAGAUCACAUAAACUCUUCAAAUAAAGUAUUUUAGUUCUUCUAGCUGCACCGGUUGACUAUACUAAAUUUGAGAUUUGUUAGUUCAUUAUAUUUAUCAUCAACUCAAGCACUUAAGGUUUUUUUGGUUUUGGUUUUAAACAGGAUGUCUCUUUGUAACUCUGGCUACCUGGACCUGGCUUUGUAGACCAGGCUAACCUCAAACUCUGAGAUUGUCCUGCCUCUGCCCCCUGAGUGCUGGAUUUAAAGGUUUGCACCACUACACCUGGCCUGUAAAGUACCUAAAUUCGUACAUUUGUCUCCUUAUAUACAUCUCACAGUACAUCACCAAAGAAGAAAUCUGCCCGUGUUUGCUUAAAAUUUCAAAAGCACUAGCAGCACUUUAAGUUUGGUCUCAGAAGAAGCUGUUCAUAGUCAAAGGGCUACAGUUCCCCGUCCUCCUGCACUGAAGCACAUGACAAUUCCAGCCCUUACAGUUGUUAAUUAGAAAAUAUCAAAUUUUAUUGCUUAAGUGUAUAAUUCUACAGUGAUUAGCAAUAUUUGUUGUCAUUUCAUUUUGGUUGCUAUUAAUUUUGAAACUCUUACUACUUACUGUAGCUGACUGUAGUUUUAUGGACAAUGUAAUUUAUAGCUAAUGUGGCUUUUUAAAUCAUAAUUGCCUUUUUAUUGUUUAACAGUGUUUCUCAGCUAUACAGUCAGUUUCAAACUGGUUGCAAAAGUAUAGCUGUGGCCAAUGAAUGUAUUUAUUUGUUGUCUCACUAAAUUAAAAUAAAACACUACU